AUGACGAAGGGUGAGACUACAACAGAGUCUAAGCCCAUGACAUAUAAUGACAUCACAAGGGAGGGUAAGAGCACGAUAAAGGACAAGAGCUCGAUGGAGGGCAAUGGUGAAAUAAAGGGCAAGGGCGUGACGAAAGAUAAGAGCACAAUGGAGGAUGAGGAUGACAUGGAGGGCAGGGGCAUGACAAAGGACAAAAGCACAAUGGAUGGAGAGGGUGUAAUAAAGGGCAAUAGUGUGAUAGAGGUUAGGAACGUGAUGGAGGUUGGGGGUACGAUGAAGGACGAGGACGUCAUCAAUGAUCUUGAGGGAAUGUACCAAUGUGAGAGAACUCACAUUUCACAUGUCUCAUUGGUGAUGUCUCUCUCUGAAGAAUCUUCCUUUGAAAGACUCAUCAGUGAUAUUAGAGCCAAUGACUUGUGUGGUGACUAA